AUGCUACUUCAACUUCCCACAGAGCUGAUACAGCUGGUUCUUCGGAACUGCGAUACACCAGCCUACUUCCAGGCAGCCUUUUCAAGCCGUAGGCUUUAUGAGAUCGCUUCCGGCAGCCGAGAAGUCAUCAUUCAUCAGCUACAAGAUACUCCUGGCUGGAACGAUGGAAUUGAUGUGCAUCAGACUAGGCAUCUGUUUGGCGAGUUAAUGAGACGGUCCUCUGAACACUUAGGUGGCGCAGAACAUUCCGCCAAUCCCACCUAUGAGUAUCAAAAUCGUGUGAUUGAUUACCAUGCAUCGACAAUCGAGGCAUCAGAAAAUGGCAUUCGAGCUUUGCUUGUCUUCAAAGGCCACAGCACCGUGCUUCUGGUUAAUAGGAGCGAUGGGGAUCGAACUGAAGUCCAAUUAAAAUCUCCAGGACAAGAUAUCGGGGAGGUCGAGAUCAUCCAGACUGCCUUUGAUGGAUACCAUGGAGUCUACGUGCUGCACCGAUUCAAACCAUUUUUAGACCAAGAUCUGGAUACAGACCACCCUUUUGUUAAACACGCGCUAGAGUCAUGCCCCAACGGGAGUAUCCACCUGGCCUACCAUCACUUGAAUCUCCGGGCAAACACCAUUCGAAUGUAUGACUUUCCCGAAUCCCGAGAUUAUAGGCCACUGGCUUUUUCCGUUGCCAACGGCAAAUUUGCUGUAUCAUGGCAAAGCAUGCUCGACCCCUUCGAUCACGAGGUCGUUCUUUAUGCUCAGCUCUACGACGAGAAUGAUGACGAUUAUGUUGAUGGUGACGAAUAUGAAAAUGAGGAUGGUCUGAGUGAACGUGUUAUGGAAGAAGGCAAGGAAGACAAUCCCUAUGCCACUUUGGAGGCUUACGUUUUGACAAGCUCCAACGAUCAAGACCCAGAUGUCCGUUUUUCUCGGAGAGCAGGUCCCGCGAUGAGGUUGACAUUCAAUGAUCGAGGCUUUCAGCUGCUCUACCACUACCGAGCUCAAACCAUCUACGGUGCCUUUCAAAGACUUGAUCGCCUCCCUAGCCCUCCAGGCGAGCCAAGGCCGCAUGUUAACAGGAAUGCAUGCAACGUGCAAUUUUCGCCUUUCCUGUCGCUUCAAUUCUCAAUUGGGAUACCAUUCUUCGGCACCCAUAAGCUAGGCGAUAUAAACCAGGGAGAACGGUGUCAUUGGCAGUACCUCGCCUUCGGAAUUGCCACCCAUCGCGUUGAAAAAUGGACUGUGGCAUGCCUCUUGAAGUCUGAGUCAUUUACUGGUCCGCGGUGUACCCAUGUUUUGAAUCUUGACCGCGGAAGGCGUUUUGACAGCUGGCAGAUCAUGGCGCAGCUUGGUGGAUUUCGGGAAGUAACCACUUCGCAUGGAUCUCCGGUGGCAACUUCGCGUCGCGGAACUCGUGUUGCUGUCGCUACCUGGAAAACCCUCUACAUCUGGGCACUGAAUCCUUCAGAAUUGAUCGAAGACAAUAUCAACGGCUUUUAUCCAUCAUCGUGGGAAUCCUCUACAGGUGCCAUCGAGUUGCGACCAGUCAUCCUCCAGUUAGAGGCGGUUUGCUCUCAAUUGUGUUUCACCGAAAAGGAAGACGAGCUAGUUGCGAUCACUGACCGUGGAGUGAUGUUCCUGAAUAUCGGUUAUUAUGGAAAAUAA